AUGGCAGCAGAACCCGGAGAAGUGGAAUGUCGUCUAUGCGGGACCGUUCUAACCAUCAAGCCGAAGGUUGAUCAACUGGUGUGCACCAGCUUCAAGAACUACGAACGAACGGUGGCCGACUCGGAGAACGCCAAGCUGUCCGGUGGCGAUGCGGAAGUGGAUCAUGAGCCGAUUGAAAUCGAAGGUCUUCCCGUGAAUGCUAUUGGCGAUGAUUACCCGUUGCGCUUCACCGAACACGCGGACAUCAAAUGGGCCGAUUGGAAGGAUUCCGAUAUUUUUUUGGUCUUCUUUCUCGGUCGGCGGAUGGUCGAGCGACCCGUGGCCGCGCCUCGACGAAAGCCACAAGGCAAUAAUCCGUCGGCGUUAAUCACCGUCUUCCGUGCCCUCACCACUAGCCAAUCUCCCGAACAACGCGAGGUCCAAACAAAUGUAUUGGCAAGGGAUUGCAAGGAGGUUCAGGAUCGAAUCGAUCUUCUCGUGAAAAAUCAUCACCAUGACGUUGAAGAAAGUCUAGUGGCGUUUCGAGAUGUUUCAACGAAGAUUUCCUCUUGUCGGGAACGAAUUUACAACGUCCGUAAUGCGUUGUCAAAUUGCCGGAAUCUGUUCCAAUCGCGUCGCGAUGACCUGAAACGUUUGUGGGAAGAGGACAAGCAGCAGCGCCAUAUCAACGACAUUCUGCAAAAGCUCGAAGAGCUCCGGGAGGUGAAGCACCGAGUGGAUGUGAUGAUUGAGCAGAAUCAGUAUUUUGAUGCGGCUCGAACGAUUGCGAAUUCGAGGGAUUUGAUAGAGACGAAAUUCGCGUCGGUCUCCGGUCUCUCGCAGCUACGCGCCCAGCUGGCCGAUUCUUCCGAAGCGCUGGCGAAAAAGAUCGAGGUUCAGCUGGCCGAGAUGGUGGUGCAAGAGCCGUUUGAGCAACAGAUGGUUGACGUGGUGCGCGGGAUGCCGGAAGGUUGGAUUGGAGAAAGCGAGCUAACGCUGCGCCUCUACCGCAAACUCAAUCAGCAACGUCAUACGAACAAUACGGCUCUGCAGAACCGGAUUCAGGAGCACCUGGCCGCUCUUUCUGUGCUUGAUGGGGCGCAGCUUGUCGUCGAUCGUCUUUUAGCCCUAUCAGCCACGCAGAUUUCGAAGCAGGUUGAAUCUGCGACUGGCACUCAGUUAUGCCAACUCCGGCGAUUCAUCCACAGCUUCGUCAUUGAGGAAUUUGUGGAGCGAGUGACGAGAACGUUAGAAGGGCGAUUGGCCGAGGCGCUGAAGCUGGACGAUGCGCGAACUGUGGCUAGCAACGAAUCGCCAAUCCUGCCAUCUGCCGAACAAGUCCGAGAUAUGUGCAAUGAAAUUCACGAGUUCAUCAUGCAAAUGGAUAAUUAUGCCCCAAGAUUUGCGGCCGUUUGGCUUCUGGUCCUCUCCGAAUACACCCGCCACAUCAACGAGCUGUACGAAAAGACAACAGCUCCGGUGUGGUUGUCUUCAGAGGCGCGCAAAUUGAUAGACUCCCUUCCUUCGAACGUCCGCAAAGCUAUACGCGAGCAUCCUGUUCAUGUCACCUAUCGAGACGGAAAAGUGUCGCAAGAUGAGCCCGUGUUGAAGGGCCUUGAUGCGAGCAUUAGCCAGUUGCAAUCCGUCUCCGCCACCUGCCUUCUCAUGCUUCAUCUGGAGCUCCUCCUUUCCAGAUAUAUCUUUGACGGUCUUGGGCAUCUGUGUGCCGCCAUCUUUAUCCACUCGAGUCAGCACAUGCAACGCCUGACAGAAAUUGGAAGAAAACGUGUGACGCGUAAUAUUUGGGGGGUUCAGCAACGGCUUGCCCAGCUGACAGCCCGUCGCGAAGCUGAACUCGAUCGUGCACGAACUUUCUUCGAGUUGCUCUCCCAUGAACCGGACGAACUUCUUUGCGUGCUUGCCGAUAGAAGGAGCUCGACAGAACUG